AUGGACACCAAUCGUCGCGUGGUGCUUGGCACGCCCGAACUCCUGGAGUGCAUCCUUCUCCAGAUGGACAUGAGGACUCUCCUGGCGGCCCAGCGUGUCUGCCGCGCGUGGAAUGAUAUCGUCACCACCGUACCCUCGCUCAGACAGAAGCUGUUCUUCCAGCCGGCACCACACUCCAACGCCAGAGAAAAGAACCCCCUGCUUGCCGAGUUAUUCCCUCAGUGGUUCGCGCAUGGCGAGUGGGCAAAUAGGCGCGAGACUUUCGCGGAGGAGGACCUGAAAACCCUGGCCUUUGUCCGCAAGGAGUUGAAUUCCGCCUUCCAGUACGAAAAGGCGAGCUGGAAGAAAAUGUUGCUAACCCAACCGCCAAUCCGAUCAUUCGUCUGCUUCCAGAUCUUGUACGUCAUGGAGGGGGAGAGUUGUGAUUUAUCAACUAUUUCGGAACAAGGUGAAACACGACAUGCACGUACUGGUGGGCAACUACCCGUUCCUGAGGCGGAGAGCACUGGAAAUCCCCUAACCAUGGAGACAUUUUAUCGGCAAGUGACAAAAAUAUUCGGGACAAGAAUCGGCGAUCCGUUCGAAUGGCUGUUUAUUUGGGACGACGAGACAGGCCAGGACCCCAUACCCGAUCACCUCGGUGGUUAUACUAUCGAAGAAGAGGUCAAGGAAACACUGGAAGAACUGCUGCGGAGGGACGGCUUGGUGAUGUUUGAGAAGGCGCACAUAGCCUGUACCGGGCCGAGUUGUGACUUUUUCCCCAGAGAGUACCACAUCGAUGACGGGCUGGUAGAUUUUUUGCGGGAGUGGGAUGAGAUGUGUGAAGAUGAGUUGCGUGAGGAUCAGUUGCGCAGGUCUACUUCAUGA